UUAAGAAAAACGAAGGUAGAAGAAAAAUAAGGAAAAGUGGAAGUGAGGUGCGAGAGAAGGAAAGGAUAAAUAGAAGACAGCGAAGAUCGGUGGCCGUAAACACGCAUGAGGGUCUCAUGGCUACCGGAUUGGUGAAGUGGUGGCGAGCAAGGUUCCUUGCGGGCUACAAACCUUUUUCUGUCGUUGGUGGGAAUACCGAAGGUAGCGAUUCGGAAGAACUUUUAGGGAGCGUCGCGACGCCUUGUACUGGUUCCCCCCCGCUACCUGCGGAAUCGCCUCAGGUCACGGUCGAUGGAACCGCCAGUCCGGCACCGCCAGCUCCAGGAAACGAUGAACGACCUACCAGCAGUACGACGAAACAGCUCAGUUUUGAGGAAUUCGAGUGCGACGUUUCGGUUGCCGAGGGUGAUCGAAGAAGACAAGAGUUUUCAUUUACACUUUAUGAUUUUGAUGGGCAUGGAAAGAUAACGAAGGACGAUAUAGCCGGUCUAGUUACUACCAUUUAUGACACUCUUGGUGCGUCCAUCCAAGUGCCACCGUGCGGCAGUAAAACGAUUAAGGUCAAGCUGACUGUAUCGCCUGAUCAACGUGCCGGACAAACGCGUACCACCUGCCCAAAUUCUCAACAAGGGCCAACUACUACGACCACUACGACUACGACAACAACUACGAGCUUACCAGCUAAUUCCCCUUACUGUCACGUGAAGCACGCGGCCUCCUGUACCGGUGGUAAUCAUCAUUAUCACUCGACGACAACUCAAACGCAUGCCACUCAUGGCUCGCGCAAAGUUCCUAGAAGGAGAAGACCCACUCGGCAUCGUUGUCAGACGCAACAAAGAGAAGCAGAGACGCACAGCGAGGAUGACGCCGAAAACACGCGAAGCAGCCGCGUGAAACAGGAAGAACUCCGUAGGAGGGUCGGCCCGGUUCCUCAUUUACCAUCGCCUUAUUCGAACAGUUCGGAGGGUGAUGUCAGCGACGACAGUGAUACUUCGCCCGCUUUUUCUCCCUUCACACCCUUACUCACUACGAAUCAACGAAAACGUAGUGGAGCACUCCAAAGGCAACAGCUGUUAGAAAUUAUACAGGCUAACAUGGAAAAGAACAAUCUCAGUUUUCAUACACCGAGGAAACGACAUCAAAACGAACAUCUACGCGUUCCAUCUCGAAGUCCUCACAUCGAGCCAACGAGCGUUCAAACAUCGAACUACAACCAAAACGGUCGACCACCUUCGGAGUCUCGACAAUCAACGAUGACUUAUCACAAACCGGUACGGGAAAAUUCCCAUCACACAGUCGCAUUUUCGAAAUUACCAACGAAAACCCGUGGCAAUUUGAAAAAGACACGGGGACUGCAUGGUGGUAUCCAACAGCAGCAGCAGCAGCAGCAACAACAUCAGCAACAACAGCAACAGCAACAACAGCAGCAACAGCAACAGCAACAACAACAACAGCAGCAACAGCAACAACAUAACCACCAUCACCAUCAACAGCAACAAAAUCAGCAGCAACAACAACGUUCGGGAAUAACAACAGCGGCACCAACGACGACCACGACGACGACAACGACAACAACCCAAUCGUCGAAAUCAGGGCAUCUUCAACAGCAGGGUCAACAACAGAUCUCAGCUCGUAAUAUAAACGGUCCAACGAUAAACAACGAAAAUCAACAUUUGUUAGGCAAUAGGAACAUCGUCAAUCUUAUUCCAAAUAACAAUCAACAAAACCAGAUUAAUCAGAGUUCGAUAAUAAAUAACCAUAAUAACAUCCAGAGGCAAACGGAGGGACAAUACAUUCAUCAGUCCCAAUCGCAAUGCGGUAAAGCUAGCAAGAAACAUCAAUUGAAACACGCAACUAGAGAACAAGAUCAAGCAAGGGCCAUGGCCCAAGUCGUUCGCUGGCUCGAACGUGAAUUUUCUCAAAAUGCGGUCGCUGCUACUACUGGUCGAAGACAUGUUCACGAACACAUUCAUCAUCAUUAUCAUCACUAUCAUGCAGAAGCUCUCGUUUGAUCAUCUUUUAUCGAAGAAACGACGCAAAGUCAUCUCUAAAAAUGCAUCUAACUGAACUUUGUCUUUAUUUAUAUUCAGUUAAAUAACACAAGGAGAACAUAAAAAUUAGUGACGACACGUGACUUGACAAUAAGUAAAAACAAUUUUCACGAUCUUGACAUUUUUUUACGGACAAGAAUGUACCGUAUAUUUUUUCUAUUUUUAUAAAAUAGUUUUCUUCUUGUAUAGGACAGACUGUUGUUUCUUUUUCUCCAAGAGAAAAACUCUGACUGCUGAGUUACGAUACUCGUGAUCUUUGAUCAUACUAGAGAUUUUUUAGAUACUUGGAUCUUAAUGAACAAUUAUAAUUUAGACCGUCGUGUGUUGGACUUUGACGGAAAAUAAAAAAUUAUGUUCGACAAGAAGUAAAAAUCGUCAAUGAACAAAUGUUUUAUUGCAAUGGGGGUUGUGUAAAGGGGGACAAAAAUGAAAUAUUUUAAUUAAUACGAAUUAGCAAUACCGAAACUAACUCCGAGAAGAGUAUUAAUAUAAUGCAUUGUUCACGAUACUCAAUGUCCGCGCGAAUUAAAUUAAAUUAAAUUAAGUUAAGUUAAGUUAAGUUAAGUUAAUUUAUAUUAGAAUAAAUUAAAUUAAAUUAACGAAUAGUUGAAAAAGUAUGAUGGAGUAUGCUAAGGGAUCCGAUUUUGAAAAUGGUGCUCUUUUUUUUAAAGAUUUCAACGAAUCGUUGUUCCGUAUUAUUAAUUGGCCAACAAUUAACCAUGAUAACAAACAACAAGAGCCUAUUUUACAACGUUCAUAAAUCAAUCGUGAUGUUAAAUUUAUAUUGGUGUACGUAAUUCAUUUGCUGUUUUUUUUUUUUUUUAUACGAGUCAAAAAUACGCUU